UUUGUCGGAAGUCAAUCAAAAAGCGUGUCUCGCUCACACAGCUCCAGAGUUGCCACAGUUGCCAGAGCUGCAGUCGUUGCAGGGCGUAAAAAGCAGCGACGCCAUUGCAAUUAAAUUUAAUCCGAAAACAAACAGUUAAAAUUAUUUCGAAUUCGAUUUCGAAGGUGCGGCAAAAAAAAUAAAGAUCUUAACACGCGUGCAACAACAGCAACAGCAACAGCAGCAACAACAACAACAACUGUUGGGGAAAAAAUCGCUGCUGGUUGCAUGGGUCAAUAUCAUAAUCUGUGGCAGCAACAAGUCGUAGAAGACAGCAAGAGGCAGCAACUGGCGUCAUAAAUCAAAGCGACGCAAUUUGCUGCUGACGAACUGCACACAACAACAACAACAACAAACAGCAGCAACAACAGCAACAACAACACCAGCAAUGCCAUUAUUGCUGGCAACACUUGGGCAGCAACAAAUGCAGCCACAUCCACAUCAACAUCACAAUUCCCAUCGUCAACACUUGGAGCCAGCAGCAAUGUUGUUGCUAGACACGGCACCAACAGCAGCAGCAGCAACAACAGCAACAACAACAGCUUCAAGUCGGGCAGGUGUUAAUGUUCAAAUUACUGGCAAAGGCGAGACUUCAGUCAAUGAUCAACUGACAGCAGCCGCAUCUGUUAAUUAUGCCGCUUACGUCGCCCAUUUGAAUGGCUUUAACCCCAACAGCAACAACAGCAACCACAGUCCACUCCUUACACCCACUAUUCAAGGCAAGCACAACAACAACAAGAACAACAGCCACAACAACUUUGAGAGCUUGCUGCGACAGCCACAAAUUCAAGUUAAGCAGGAGUUCAUGGAGCUAAUGGAGCACAACAACAACCACGACAGCCACCACAGCAACAACAACUACAGCAGCAACAACAUCCACAACAAACAUUCGGCAACGCCUUCCAUGUGUCUGCCAAAUGCAGCAAGCUGUCGUACGAAAACAAUGCUGCAGCCCUGGUAUUUGAGACCAGUUGAUGGACGCACCGGAUAUCAUAAUUAUAACAAUGCUAAUAAUCAGUCCUUACCGCCCUUUCUCGAUGUGGGGGUGGGAAUGGGAGUGGGCGUGGGAUUAGGAUUAGGAGUGGGAAUCGGAGAAUCCCAGACAUGUCUGCCAUAUUUUGGCAUGGAAAUGCCGUCAACAGCAGCCGUCAAAUCGCUGCCGGACUUUCUGAUACCAUUGCAUGAAAUCAUGCUGCAACAGCAACAGCAACAACAAAGGCAGCCUGUGGCAACCACAACAACAACUACAGUGGCAGGGACUGGAGGCAACACAAUGGGCACAUUAAUUAAUAGUCUGCCGAGAGAGACAUUUGCCAGCUCCAGCGCCAGUUUGUAUGCUACAAAGUCAUUAACCCAACAGCAACAGCAACCAGCUAUAAACGUGCCACCAGCAAAUGCCACACUUGCCACACGUCCACGACACAAUGGCGAGCAUUUGUUCGUGCGUCAUUUUCACGAACGAGAUCGUCUCAUACGCGAACAUCAAUUGCAACAGCAGCGACUGCGAGACGAACAGGAGCAGGAGCAACAGGAACAACAACAGGAGCAACAACAUCAACAGGAACAACAGCCACAGGAUGUGAACAACAACAAGGAUGGGCAUCACAAGAAUAAAGAGCAGCAACAAAAGGAACAACUGGAGUUGGAGUCCAAUGGAGUCCAUGACAAUCAUUGGCAAGGUGUCGUCUAUGAUGGCAAUGGCAUUGCCAUCACAACAGCAGCAACAACAACAACAGCAACAGCUGCAACAACAACAACAAAAGCAGCAACAAUUGAAGCUGCACUUGCCACUCCUCUUUUUGCUGCUGCUGCUUCUUCCUCCCAUAAGGAAUCAAAUAUUUACGAGUCUGCCCAGCAACUCUGUCGCGUUGGCAACCCUGGCAGCCCCACAGCAACAACUGCCACGAACAAAGUUUUGCGACACAUGUCCGACUCAGCGACCACGGAACCGACACCGCCAUCACCUCUACGAUCUCUAUCAGACUGCGGCAAGAGCUAUCUAGAAGAGGAAGAGGAGGAGGAGUAUGAAGGCGAGGCGCCACAAAAUUUGAGCCGCAAACGCAACGCACGACAAUUGGAUGCCGAUAAAGAGGAUGAGGUGCUGAAUUUGGCAAGGGAAGAUUCAGCAGCAGCAGCGAAGCGUUUGGCACUUGAGGCGCCAAUGGCAACACCACUGGCACCACAGCCACAACCACAACAGGUGGCAGCGCUGCCAGCUUUAAAUUUUGGACCUGAGAAUAUGCAACAGGCGCUGCAGUUGCAACUGCACAGUUACAUUGAAAUGGUGCGUCAAUUGGCGCCGGAUACAUUUCCCAACCCGAAUCUGGCCACACAGUUUCUGCUGCAGAAUUCGUUGCAAGCGCUGGCGCAAUUUCAGGCCUUGCAACAGUUGAAGCAACAGCGCGUAGAGCUGCCACCCAUUGAAAUUCCCUCCGGUCGACAUUAUUCCACGCCACUGGGCAAAUCUCCGUUGCGCAGUCCAUCGCUGAGUCCUGUGGCACGUGCCACCGAUCCACAGCAACAACAACAGUCGCAACAACAACAACAACGCACGCCACCAAAUUCGUUAGCUGGCACCGCAUUGGGUUUCUCCUCCGCCGUCUUAACACCAAAUACUCCCAGCAACCACAACAACAAUCACAGGGAAUCCAGCCACAGCACGCCUAAGCCAACGCCAGGUGGCGCCACUGUGGCCGCUGUGAUGGCAACCAAGCUGGAGCAAUCGCCGGAGGAGACCACCGAUCUGGAGGAACUGGAACAAUUCGCCAAGACCUUCAAACAGCGUCGCAUUAAACUGGGAUUCACCCAAGGAGAUGUCGGUCUGGCCAUGGGAAAACUCUAUGGCAAUGACUUCUCCCAGACGACAAUCUCUCGCUUUGAGGCACUUAAUUUGAGCUUCAAGAACAUGUGCAAGCUGAAGCCGCUGUUGCAAAAGUGGUUGGAGGAUGCGGAUUGCAGUGUGGCCAAGUCUGGUGGUGGUGUCUUCAAUAUCAACACCAUGACCACCAAUUUGUCGAGCACACCCGAAAGUAUUUUGGGACGCAGACGCAAGAAACGCACCUCCAUUGAGACGACUAUUCGAGGUGCUCUGGAGCAGGCAUUUGUCCUAAAUUGUAAACCCACCUCCGAGGAAAUUAAUCAGCUGUCGGAGCGAUUGCACAUGGACAAGGAGGUGGUCCGGGUUUGGUUCUGCAAUCGACGGCAGAAGGAGAAACGCAUUAAUCCCUCGCUGGACCUGGACAGUCCCACGGGAACCCCCUUAAGCAGUCAUGCCUUUGGUUAUCCUCCACAGGCCCUGAACAUGUCCAAUGGUCAUGUGCUCCUCGAGGCGAAUUCCCUUUGUGGCAGCUCAGUCAGUUCGGGCGAAUAAUUCGCACCUGUAUAUGUAUAUUUUAAAGGCGCCUCCAAAUCUUCCAGCAUAUCGUAAUCCUCCCUCCCCAAAUUCCCCCCACUUAGGUUAUAGAGAGUCGUAUCAGCAUACAUUACGAAUUUACGAUUACAUAUACAUAUAUUAGGCACAGUAUUGCAACUACGUAGAGUUCCUAGAGUUUCCUAUCGAAACCUAUCUAAAUACUAUCGAUAAAUAAGUGUGUGUCCAGCAUGCCAAUCUAUCAACCAUAUUAUUAUAUAUAUAAAACAUACAAGAAUUAGAAAUACAACUAUGUAAUAUACCUAUAACUAUACUUCUAACUAUACCCAUAUAUUUUAAAGAUAUUGUUGUACGAUGUCCAAUUGUAAAUUGAUCUUAAUACUUAGAUCUUAACACUCACACUGAGAAACACACAAAAAUUUCAAUAAAAAUCAUUAAAAAACA